UAAAAGAGCCGACUCGAGCACUCUCUGAUCGCCACACUCACUUUACUCGCCCUACAACCUAUCACUACCCAUGCAUCACCCCGAGUUCUAUGACGCGACUGCAAUGGACGUCCCGGAAGAAGAUUUGGGCUUCUUCAUCAUUGGUUUUGCACCUGUGGGCGGCCUCUUGUUCGAGGACGCAGUCGACCUGAAUAGCUACCGGCAUGAUGAGCGCGAGAUCGUCGAUCUUCUGGACGAACCAGAGCUUGACGCGCUGCAACCAUUAAUCGCCUCGCCACCGCUAUGGGAUGAACCCUUGCCAGCGCUCCUUGAUUAUGAAGCUGAAGAAAUACUCGAAGAACUGCGAACCCUCAAAAUCAAAUCUGCCUCUGAGCUUCGUCGCCACGGACUCCCCAUCCUCAACAUUAUGCCACCCUCCAACUCGGGACAGACAUGGGCGACAACACGCUCGCCAUCCAAAGAGAACUUUUCGCCGCUGGAUGGCUCGUUGUCAAGAUUUCGCGACAGAGCUUCAGGUUCUCGACGCGCGCUCAAUACAGGACUUGGUUCUCCCGAGAUCAAUCGCGUGUUCUGAUCCGUUCUGUCUGUUCCAAGAUUUAUACAAUGUAUUGUUAGUUUUGCUUAGUGUCACUUGCUCUGUGUACAACCGGAUGAAUGUUAUGCGGGAAUUCUGCUCUGGGCCAAUCUGAC